CUUUCUAGUUUAUUUCUUGAAGCCGACAAAAUGGUUCAACGUUUGACUUUGAGAAGACGUCUGUCUUACAACACCAAAUCCAACAGGAGACGUAUUGUCCGCACCCCUGGUGGUCGUUUGGUAUACCAAUACGUUAAGAAGAACAAGACUGUCCCAAAGUGCGGUCAAUGUAAAGAGAAGUUGAAGGGUAUCCGCCCCAGUCGCCCCUGCGAACGUAGCCGUUUGUCCAAGCGUCAAAAGACUGUCGCCCGUACCUACGGUGGUGUUCUCUGCCAUGGCUGUUUGCGCGAACGUAUCGUUCGUGCUUUCCUCAUUGAGGAACAAAAAAUCGUCAAAGCUUUGAAGAGUCAACGCGAGAUGCUCGUUAAGCCCGUCAAGCCCACCAAGGUUGCCGAAAAGAAACCUACCAAGGCUGGCUCCAAGGCCACCGGCAAAUCUGCUGCCAAGAAGCCCGCUCAAAAAGCCACCGGCAAAUCCAAGAAGUAAAUUAACAUCCAAAAUUUGCUGCAGUGUUUUUGAGUGUUGAGUUUUUCUUAGGAUUUAAGUGAGACGUGUGUGUUUAUACAACUAAUAACAAACAAUUUUAUUAUACAAAAUCUGUGUAUAGAAUUCAACGUUGAUAAAAAUGAAGUGAAAACAUUUUACAUUAAAAAAAAAUCUAAAACAAAUUGUUUUUUUAAGAAA